UCGGCUCGGAGUCGGAGUGUGUGUAAAAUUACCUGAAUCAAAACUCACUUAACAUAGGUAAUUUUCCUCUGCUCCACUCCCCCAAAAGUGUUACAAACUGACAUUCGGCUCCUCUCUCCACGAAAAUACCCCCACACGAGCAUGGGAGUGUAAAAUCUCCACAAAAGUCAACAAAUAACACAUCUUGGAGAAAAUAUAUUGCACUGAAUCAUCAACGGAAUAUGUCAACUCUCUUCCGCGAUUUAUCGUGUACAUACCGAAAACUUACUUCAGUAAGCCCGAGUAAUUAUCCGGUUAUGUAAACAAGAAAAUGUCGAAGUGCAACGAAAUGUCGAAUUGAACCGACAAUCCACCGAUCUUACCUCCAACUUAUGAUCCACUGAUCGCCAAAUGAUAUCAACCAUGUCAUCACCUUACAAAUUGGAAUUAAACCUGCGACAAAUUGCGAUGGUACAGACAGCGAUAAAUUGCUGGGAGCAGCACCAAAUAAAAACUAAAAUAAAAGAUUUCUUCUUGAAGCACGACAGCUACACAAUUUGUCGAAGAGAAGCUGAAGAGAAGAUUGACUGGACCUGUGAGAUACUGGAGAAUGUUCGACAACAGAGACUCCUCCCAGACUCAAUGAAAGACGAGAUGACGUACAUGAUAACCUCCAUUGGAGAUCGAAUGAUAGAAUGGCUGAAGUACAUCACAGAGAAACUUGAAGGAUCGAGACACAGGAUUCCAGCACUUGAGCACUACCUGGACAAUAUUUUCUGGACAAAUUACGGAACCAUAGAUGCAGUGAAAAUAUUCAAGUCAUUAUGUGUCGAUGGAAAAAUCACUGAUAUUCCUUACAUGUAUGAGGAGGCUUGUAACUACUGUCUCGAGGAGGACAUAGAGAGUCUUUGGAAAAAGUCUUCCUUGGAGGACAGAGACGCCAUAUCUUGGAAGAGUCGAUGGAACAUCGGAGACGAGUGCAAUGUCCACUUGUUAGUCUAUUGGAGAUGGUACAUAUCAGACAGAAAAUCCCACUUAUUCAUCAAGUCCUCAUCACCCCACAAUUACGACGAAAUUUAUGACUUCAAGCACUCCGCUAAGGCGAAUACCUUUAGAUUGUCUGCCAUCGGUGGAUACGACGUUGCUGUCAAGUAUUUUUAUCAUCAACUCAGCGACGAUGAGAAGAGCAGAAAUUUGGUGGAAACAACGGAAAUUUUAUUGAGUGAUAAGAUACUUCGCAGUGUCGAAUCCACUGAGGAGGAUUACACCAGGAGGUACAUUGAUAUUCUAGUGUUUCUGAUGCAGAAGAUGACGACUACACAGAGAAAUGAAUUAUUGAGAAGACAUAAGGAUGAUAUACUCAAGAUGUUGUUGACUAAUUGGCCUUGGCAGGCACUAUUUAUUCCUACACUUGAACAAACUUGGGAGUUCUUCUCCACUCGUGAUUUCAAAGCACUGAUAAAGGCUAUUGUGGAGGCUAUUCUGGAUGAAUAUGAAUUACGAGGGAUUAAAGACACUACCACUCAAUGCAUUUUGUUUGAGACUUGGGAUAAAGCACCACUGGCGCUCAAGAAAGGGGUGGUUAAGGACUGCUGGUUGUUCUUUGAUAAAUGUCUGAGAAUAAUGAAGGACAUAACGUUCACCAAGUACGUUAUCAAUGAUCCUGAUUUGAAGGAGCACAGGCAACAACUGCUAGAUGAUGGUAAGGAUUACUAUUACUAUCUCAUCAUCGAAAAAAAUUACAAUGUUGUUGAGAAGAUCAUGGAGGAGGUAUUAUACACUGAUGAAGAGAGAGUCAGUUUCAAGAAUAAAAUUGAUUCAUGUCAUAUUUGUGAGUAUUUUAUUCUGAAAUGUCAGUACUGCUCGGCUGAUAAGUAUUUGAAUUGGCAGUUUAGUACUCCAGAGGACAGAAUAAAAUUUAAAAAUUUUGCCAAGGCUAGUGCGACGUGCAGUUCGAUUAUUUGCGACAUUUGGAGGGAAAAUGAGUCUAUCCCACAGGCCAAGAGGGAGAGUGACAUUUUCUUCAGGUGGUUUCUUUAUGAGGAGAGAGACAGAGAAACUUUGAGGACUCAACUCCAGCGUAGCCCUAAAUUUUUACGAAUCUUGGUGCGGCUUCUUCGAAGAUCUAAUGAGAUUAAAUUCAAGGAACUUUUGGACUGCUGUCAGUUCACACAGGAGGAAGUAGAUAGACUAAGAACUCAGACUACUGAGACCAUCAAAGCAGAGGAAGUCGAGCUGCAGAAUAGGAUGGAGGAGAACAGGCGACUGUUCAUGCAGCGCUACCAUCACUUUCGCUUCCAUUGAUUUUCCUUAAUUGGAGUGAAUUUUCUGUACAUAAUAUUAUUUCAGAAUUCAUUGACAACUACUGUUUUAAUGUCAAAUGAUAGAUAUGUGGAUAGAAUUAAAUUGUGGUAAACAGUAGUCUUUUCAUCUAUGAAUCAGAAAUAUUGAAUAUAUACACUAAUAUGAAUGGAGAAUUAAUUGUUUAGUGAAGUAUGGAAAAUAUUUAAUAGACGGAAUUUAGCGAUUCUCUGACAUCUCUUGAAAUAACGAUGGGAGAUUGAUAAAGUUGUGAUCAUUCCGAUGCGUAAGAGAUACCUUGAAAUUAUUUCAAAUCGUCGAAAUUUUAUCAAAUGUAUACAGAUCUAUUUACCAUGAAGCAAAGUCAAAUACUUUGGUGUUUCCCUCAGUUUUGAAAAUAUUUCGGUGAUGAAGAGCUUUUUCGCAGGGAAAUUUUUAGUCAUAAAAAAAUUAUCUCUUUAACGAGAUAAUUCAGUCAUUAAUACAUUAUGAACUCAUCACAGUGAAAUAAUUGAUUGUUUAUUAGGUGUUUAGAUAAAACGGGAGCAACUGAAAUGAACAAUUUCUGUUGUGAAAUUAUAUUAGUGGAGUUGCUUUUUUCCCUGCAGAUGUGGACAAGAAGGAAUUUCAUCCCCCGUUUUAUUUUGGACGAAUGCUAUAUUCUAAUAUGUAACUGUGGAGGAGUUCGAUAAAUUUCAGUUCAUUUUCAUGAAUGGAGAUAUUUCGGAAUUAUCUUAAAUGAUUUAGAUUCCAGGCUGUAAAUGUAAACAUGUGAAGAAAAAAAUAGAAAAUCCUAACAAUUUUA